GUAGCGAAAUCCGAAAUUUUUUCGGAACCAAACAAUGCCUAUUCCACCGACACCGUAGUAUGUACUGUACAUUCGGUGCGGAAAACCCUAUAUCAAGAACAAUAAAUGACAAAUCACGCAUUACAUUGAAGACGGCAAUUCGCAUCGGAUCCAAAGAAUUAAAGAGGCAUCCCACAGCCACUCGAGUACUCGCCGACGUUUCGUAGGAUAAAAAACACCACCAAUUGCCACUCCCUCGACCCGGAUGUCCUAGAUAGAAGAAAAAAAGAAAACCCCGGUCUUCAGCUCCACGCCCCACAGACUACUACCGCCGACGCCCAACGCAGAGGUGAGGAACCACUUGUCCCGUUGUCCGCUGCCCGCCCCUCCUACUUCACAGUCCCCCUCCCUGCCCCUCUUCUCCUCCUCCCACUCCACUGUCCUCAGCUCCUGCCGCCCCACUCCACCUUCGGAACAUCUUGGGAGUAUCCCACUCCCACCGCGCAUGGUCACCCCAUAGCCCCCUCAAAGCUCCCCCCAAGAAACCACCCCACCGACGCGCCGGCAGCAAUGGCGGUGGGCAGCGGCCUGGCCCUGUACCACGUCCUCGGCGUGGCCACCUGCGUGGCGCUGCUCUACUUCACCUUCGGCGAGGUGGACCUCCGCCACAUUUCCCUCCCUUCCAUGCCCGCCUCCGCCUCCGUCCCCGGCUCGUGGUCCUCCUCCUCCCGCGCGGCGGCCGCCGUGGCGGCGCCCUUCGUGGAGCGGCGCGGCGCGCAGCUGUUCCUGGACGGGCGGCCGUUCUACGCCAACGGGUGGAACUCCUACUGGCUCAUGGACCAGGCCGUGGAGCCGAGGUCCCGGGACCGCGUCUCCCGCAUGUUCCGCACCGGCGCCGAGAUGGGCCUCACCGUCUGCCGCUCCUGGGCGUUCAACGACGGCGCCUACAACGCCCUCCAGGUCUCCCCCGGCCACUUCGACGAGCGCGUCUUCAAGGCGCUGGACCGGGUGCUCGUGGAGGCCGCGCGGCACGGGGUGCGGCUCAUCCUCAGCCUGGCCAACAACCUGGAGGCGUACGGUGGGAAGACGCAGUACGUGCGGUGGGCGUGGGAGGAGGGCGUCGGCCUCUCCGCCUCCAACGAUUCCUUCUUCUACGACCCGGCCAUCCGCGAUUACUUCAAAGUCUACCUCAAGACGCUGCUGACGAGGAAGAACCACUUGACAGGGGUGGAGUACAGGGACGACCCCACCAUCCUGGCGUGGGAGCUGAUGAACGAGCCCCGCUGCACCACGGACCCGUCCGGCGACACGCUGCAGCGCUGGAUGGAGGAGAUGGCCGCGUACGUCAAGUCCAUCGACAAGAAGCACCUGCUCACCGUCGGCACCGAGGGAUUCUACGGGCCGACGAGCCCCCAGGAGAAGCUGAACGUCAAUCCUGGCAUUUGGAAGGACAACAACUACGGCUCCGACUUCAUCCGCAACGCCAAGAUCCCAGACAUCGACUUCGCUUCCAUCCACCUCUACCCUGACACCUGGCUGCAGCAGCAGCACGCGACGGUGGACGAGAAGCUCAAGUUCGUGAAGCGGUGGGUCGCGUCCCACAUCGAGGACGGGGACAGGGAGCUGGGCAAGCCGGUGCUCACCACCGAGUUCGGCCUCUCGCACCGCGCCAAGGGCUUCGACCACGCCCACCGCGACGUCUUCUACAAGGCCGUCUACGACAUCGUGUACAGGUCGGCCGUCCGCGGCGGCGCCGGCGCCGGCGCCUUCGUGUGGCAGCUCGCCGUGGAGGACAUGGAGGAGUUCCACGACGACUUCUCCGUCGUGCCCAGCGAGCACCCGUCGCUGCACAGGCUCAUCAAGUCGCAGUCGUGUAGGCUGGCCAGGCUCAGGCGCGGGGUUGCGGGGGAGGAGGCCAAGCGGACGCUGUCGGUGUGCGCCGCCGGCUCGUCGUAGGAGCGACGACGAGGUGCGCAGAAGAAGCCAUUUCCAUUUCCACGCGUCGUCUUUUCAGCUUUGUUGCGCCCAGGCCGAGGUUUUUUUUGUCUUUGUUUUGUCCUACGAAUCAAGGGGGUGUUCUCAGUGUGUGUGUGAGUCAGAAAUAGAUCGGCGAAAAAUGAAUAGAAGCAACAAAAAAAAAAGUGUGUUGCCUGCCUCGUGAGGCCUGGUGAUGCUGCUGGUUAGAUUCGUUUGCCGCCAGCACCGACGCCUCACGCCUGCGGAAUCGCAGAUGGGCAUAGAUAAUCUACAGUUUUUCCGUCGUGUAACUGUACGGUAGAUGCCCUUGACCAUUGAUAUGUAGAGUCAUCGUCGAGUGGCAUCCGAUGGUAAUAGUCGUCCAUAUAUAAUGUAUUUCUGGAAUCUGGACAUUGGGUUUUUUUUUAUAUAUAGCUGUAAGCAUAUAAGUGGAUAAAAAA